GACGCGCCCAGGUCGCUGCCGCUGCCGGGACGCGGGGCGGGGGCGGCGGCGGAGCCGGCCCGGCCAUGGACGAGCAAGCGGGGCCCGGCGUUUUCUUCAGCAACAACAACAACAACAACGCGCUGCUGCUGCCGCCGCCGGCCGGCGGGCCGGGGCUGGAGCCGGGAGAGGCGGCGGCGGCGGGAGGAGGAGGCGGUGGCGGGGGGGUCUCCGGUGCCGCCGCGCCGGUGCCGGCGUCCCGGGCUCAGUACAGCGUGCCGGGCAUCCUGCAUUUCCUGCAGCACGAGUGGGGCCGCUUCGAGGCGGAGCGCGCCGAGUGGGAGGCGGAGCGGGCGGAGCUGCAGGCCCAGAUCGCUUUCCUUCAAGGUGAAAGGAAGGGACAAGAAAAUCUGAAGAAGGAUCUAGUGCGGAGAAUCAAAAUGCUGGAAUAUGCACUUAAACAGGAAAGGGCUAAAUAUCACAAAUUAAAAUAUGGCACAGAAUUGAAUCAGGGAGAUAUGAAGCCACCAAACUAUGAUUCUGAUGAAGGGAAUGAAACAGAGAUUCAGCCACAACAAAACAGUCAGCUAAUAUGGAAACAAGGACGACAGCUGCUAAGACAGUAUCUGCAAGAAGUGGGCUACACCGACACGAUAUUGGAUGUGAAGUCAAAACAAGUACGAGCUUUAUUGGGACUUUCAAGUGAUGCUUCAGAGAAGGAAAACAGAAAUCAAGAACCAAUGGUAAAUGGUACAGAGGGCCAGAUUAAAGAAAACACAAUGAUUGGGAAGCCAGAAUUGACUGACUCUGCCUCUCUGCUAGAGACCUUCAAGUUCCUUGAAAAUGCAGCUGCAGACUUUAGUGAUGAAGAAGAUGAGGAAGAUAUUGAAGGAAGAGAGAAAACAAUCAUUGAUACCGCAACAAUUGUAAGGAAAAGAGUGCUGUCUGACAGUUGUGAAGACAGAGAUACAGAAGAAGCUUUGAAAGAGUUUGACUUCUUGGUUACCUCAGAUGAAGGUGAUGGGGAAUCAAGGAGUUCAGGAGAUGGAACAGACUGGGAAAAGGAAGACCAGUGUCUCAUGCCUGAAGCUUGGAAUGUCGACCAGGGAGUAAUAACCAAACUCAAGGAACAAUACAAAAAGGAGCGCAAGGGGAAAAAGGGGGUGAAGAGAAAAACUACCGAAGAUAUGUUUCAGCCUCAAUCCUAUAUAAAACAGUCAAAACAGGGAUGUGGGAAAAUGAUGGAGCAAAGCACAGGGCCCAACAGGUCAAAGCUGCAAGAUAUGCUUGCAAACUUGAGAGAUGUUGAUGAUCUCCCUUCAUUACAGCCAUCUGUUGCACCUUCUUCUAGGCCCAGUAGCUCAAGGCUCAUUGAACAUGAGAUAAACAGGACAGAUGAAGUGGAAGCUUUAACAUUCCCUCCUUCUUCAGGGAAAUCUUUCAUAAUGGGAACAGAUGAAGCCCUUGAAAAUGAACUGGGUCUUGGAGAACUGGCAGGCCUCACGGUAGCCAAUGAGGCAGAUUCGCUGACUUACGAUAUAGCAAACAAUAAGGAUGCAUUGAGAAAGACUUGGAACCCCAAAUUCACAUUAAGAAGCCACUUUGAUGGAAUAAGAGGUCUGGCUUUUCAUCCAGUUGAACCAGUGUUAAUAACAGCUUCAGAGGACCAUACAUUAAAAAUGUGGAAUUUACAAAAAACAGCCCCAGCAAAAAAGAGUGCUUCUCUUGAUGUAGAGCCGAUAUAUACCUUCAGAGCACAUAAUGGACCAGUGCUUUGUGUGGUGAUGAGCAGUAACGGUGAACAGUGUUACAGUGGGGGAACUGAUGGCCUCAUCCAUGGCUGGAAUACAACCAACCCAAACAUCGACCCCUAUGAUUCUUACGAUCCUUCUGUUCUAAGAGGUGCUUUUGUAGGCCACACAGAUGCAGUGUGGGGUCUGGUUUACAGUGGCACACACCAGCGUUUGCUGUCCUGUUCAGCAGACGGCACUAUACGUUUAUGGAAAACUACAGAAAUUGCUCCAGCUCUCAAUAUAUUUAAUGAUAAUCAAGAAAUGGGAAUCCCUUCAUCAGUAGAUCUCGUGAGCAGUGACCCAAGCCUCAUGGUAGCAUCAUUUAACACUGGACACACUAGCAUUUUUAACAUGGAGACACGACAACGAAUUCUUACCUUGGACUCUGGAGUAGAUACUACAGUCAGCUCCUCCUGUCAGAUAAAUAGAGUCAUCAGUCAUCCAACUCUUCCGAUUAGUAUCACGGCUCACGAAGACAGGCACAUCAAAUUCUAUGACAACAAUACAGGAAAACUGAUCCACUCCAUGGUAGCUCACUUAGAUGCGGUUACAAGUUUAGCUGUUGAUCCUAAUGGCUUGUACUUGAUGUCUGGCAGUCAUGACUGUUCAAUUCGCUUAUGGAAUCUUGAAAGCAAGACCUGCAUCCAAGAAUUCACUGCUCAUCGCAAAAAAUUUGAUGAGUCCAUUCAUGAUGUGGCAUUCCACCCAUCCAAAUGUUAUAUUGCCAGUGCAGGAGCAGAUGCCCUGGCAAAAGUGUUUGUAUGACAGAGAGCUUCCAUUUCAACUCUAGCUUUGUAUAUAUUUAACCAGCUGCACAAAAGAGAAGAGGCGGGCAUGAAUCUUAUUAUCCUGCCCUAUAAUUCAGAGAAUGUUUGUAAGUGUUUAGUUUUUGCAGGGUGCUGUUUUCUAAAUUGAAGUUUGUUCUGGUUUCUGUGAGCUCAGCUGGUGCUGAGAGCUUGGAAACUCUCAGUUUCAAAUAGUUCAAAAAAAAAAAAAAAAGGCGCUUUUAUUACAGAGGGUGUGAAUUUUCGUCCAGGCAGGCCUUGGGUGAAACUAGGUCUAUGUAUUCUCUAUUAAUAAAAUGGAGUACUGGAAAGAAGGGGUUUAAUUGCUUCAGGGAGAGGGAAAAGAGGGAAACUUUCUGGGAUGCUUCUCACUGAGGAAUCAUGAUGUACUUAAAAAUCAAAUCACCUGGAAAAAGUGUCAGUUCACAUGCUCAUUACCGUGUCUUGUGAGAGGCACUUUGUCAUCCCUUUGGUAUUACUAAGCAGACUGUCUUCAGAGAGCGGUAGCUGAUGCUUAAUCUCAGCCACCUGGCUGCUAGCUUAAGAUAAAUGUGGUUAAAGGAAAGCAAGUUACUAACAUAAAUUGAAAUACAGUAAAGUUUUAUUAAAUCUUGUGUGUUAUACAGCAAAUAUUUAGUUUGCAAAAAAAUUUAUAUAAUUUUUUUAAAGACUGCAUUAGCGUGUGGCUAGAAGCUGAGCCUUUAGUCCCAAUUAACAACAGACUGAAGCAGUCUGUAUAUACUGUAGUAGCAGAUUAACUUAUUCAGAUUUAUAAUGCUGUUUAUUCUUGGAGAUCUGGCACAAGAAAUUAUCAUAAGACUUCCCAAAGAAACUCUUUUACAAUAUAACUAUCAAAUGUUCAUCUCCUUCUGUUCCUGCUUAAAAAAAAACAGGUAUCGUUCUGGGCAUUGUGGUACCAUGAAAUGUUUAAUUACUUUUGAGGAUUAAACCUAUGCCUGCUGCUUUGUGUGAGUCCUGCUAGUGUAAUAGUUGCCUACACAAAGUCAGUCUGAAAGAUUCUGCCACUUCUAGAGGUAUUUCCGUACUUCAGCAUUUGUGGAACUUCUCAACAUGUCCACUUCACUGGGUGUAUUAUGCCAUUAAUUAGGUUACCUGAAAAAUGAGUGCUUUUUAAAGUUACUCAACGGAUGUGCUUCUCUGUUGAUACGAGUCGCAAAUAACUUUUAAAACAAUAUUUUAGUGAUUUUAUCCAUUCUUAAAGGAAAGUGAGUGGAUUCUUUUCCGUGUCAUCCUGGGAGUUUUUACUACUCUUCAGUCUGAAGCUGGCAUUUUCCUCAGAAGGAAAGGCAGAAUUGAUGCUGGAGAUUAUUUCUGGUGCAGAUGUGAGUAGGAAAGAACCCAAUCCAUGCAACUCUUUCAUAUACCAGCCUGAGGUUAAGACUGGAAACUGAUAAAAAUCUUUACCUUUAAACUGACACUUUUUAAGAAGGAAUCGUUGAAAGAUACCAACAUAGGGUUUGACCAUGUUGUUUUUAGUGUGAUGUUUGGAGAUGGGACCACAUUUGAAGCUGAACUCAGAGUUUAGAUUAACUGUAUUAUUUAGAAUAAAAGAUUGACCUGUGCUGUUUGAGCCUGCAACACAUUACUGCUAAAAUAUCCUGGAAUACCUUUUGUUGCUCAGAAUAUUCAGAUAUGUCACUUCAUGAUAUUGAUAUGCAAUAUAUUUCCAUAGAUAAGAUUAGAACUUUUACCGUGAAACAGAUGACUACAAUAGUAAAUCAGAUUAUUUAGUUUUUAUAAAGUGUGUUGGUUAUGAUGAAAAGGGGGAAACUUGGCUGCAAACCUGAGCGUUCAACUUUGUGAGAGUUCUGUGUACUUGACUCAUAUUCUUUCAGUGUCAUUAUUUUAUUUCUUUUUGGAGAGGAAAUUACAAAGAUUUAUUUGAAAAAUUCUAAAAGCUAUGUAUAUUAUAUAUGUGUAUAUAUAUUGUAAACAUGUAUUAAAUGUCUAGUAAGGGAAGACUCCAUGGGUGCAUUUUAAUGUUUUAGUAUUAAGAGUUCUCUUGAGUUUGUGUAUACAGAGGAUAAUGGCGUGAGUAUGAAAUGAAUGUUGUGCUUUUGCUUCCACAAUACAAUAUGUAGUUAGAGUUGUUUAAAUUGCUGUACAUAAAACUAAUAGGCCAGCAUGCUUGUUUUUAAAAACUGUCAUUCUGAUUACAAUUGGAAUGUAAGAAGUGGCUGUUCAAAUGUGAAUUGAAAGAUGUUUCCCUCUCACUAUUGAGCUCUUGCUCAAACUGAAAAGUGUUUUUUUUAAAGCUGGCAAUAGCUAGAGGAUGAGGUGCCUUUAAAAAACAAAACAAAACAAAUGUAGCCUUACAAAGAGGUUGUGGAGUAUAUAUAUUUUUGUGCUGGUCUUCAUAAUUGAUGUCAAUGUCUUUUUACUGUACUUGGUCACGUACUUGUAGGACUGCGGGGUAUUGUGCAUGAGCCUGCCAGAUCUUCUGAACAUCAUCAUAGGAGUUAGGGAUGAAAAAAUUAUUUAGGUUAUCUAGUUCAUCUGUUUGCUAAAGCAGGAUUGUAGACUUGUGCAUUUUAAUAUUGUCUUGGCCAGUGAGGUUUUGUAUAUGUUCUAAACGAUUAGGAUUCCUUUGGAAGAUUAUUUCAAUGAUUGCUUCUCACUGACAGGAGGAAUUAUGUGAUGUUUAGUAGUUCUUUUUGUAACGUCAUGCCAGUAUUCCAAGCCAUGUUUUGUGCCAUUUUAAAUAUUUCUAAUCACUUUUGUAAUUUGGAACCUGCAGGUAUGCAGUAGUUUCUAGCUGUAUAUUUCCAUUUCUUUCCACUUUCUUCAAGCUAUUUUUCAGUCUGCUCUUUUUAUACAACUCUUCUUUUGUUUUCAGCUUUUUAGCUCAUUUCUUCAUGUCUUGGUGCCCACAACACCAUUGCAUAUGCAAUGAGUUGUUGGACUUAGUCUGAAGGUGAUCUGGUAAAUGUGGUUUGUCCGUGUCCUCCCCCCCCAGCCCGAAACAUGAUGCUUUUGUGUAGGAAGUCCAAACUUCUUGGUCUGGUGUCUCACAAACCUGAAUCUUAGUGCUGACAAAAUACGAUUUUUUAUAUAUAUAACUAAGCAUUGCUGCUUCUCAUGUUUCUCCCUCACUUUCAGUAUGUCUUUAUGAUUCUUUUACAGCUAGAUACUUAACUUCUGUUUCACGAUUAACCUGUUUUUGUAAGCUUUGAACUUCUGAUUUCUGAGUGCACUAUUUUUUUUUUCAUUUUACGUGCAGCUCUUUCUGUUUCAAUCUAAUUGGUAACUUAGAUGAAUGUGAUACGUGCAUCUAAAGAUGUAAAUGAGACUGGACCUAAUGCUUAUUCUUGAAAAAAGCAUUUUUGUGCAUCUCUGUAUAUUGCAUUUUACCAUUAUGUUUUUUCCUGUAUGCAGUCUACAUGGUACAUUUUUUUUAAUGGUUAACUCAUAGAAUUUUCUAGUGUAUAUUAGCCUGUGCUACUGAUUUUGGUUUUACUAACUAAUUUAAUGGGAGAAUUUGCAAUUCUUUCAUACACUGAAAAUUGUUCCACUAGGUUUUUUAAGUCCUAUAAUUUUUAUUUAGCAUUUACUUCACUGUGCUGUAUGCUUUCACAUAUUUGAUUUGGUUACCAAAACUCUUGCACAAAAUGAUUUGGAAUAGCCUGGAAGAAGCUCUAGAUAUAAUUCUACUGUGGAAUACAUUUUCCUCACUCCUAUAAAAUCCUUGUGCUUGCUUUUUAUUGUGCCUCAAUGACAAAAGUGUUUUGACACACCAAGUAAAAGAUUUAGUUUACUAGUUACAAGAAAAUCACCUGAUGAUUAUUUUCAGAUCUCAUUCAUCUUUAUUUUGAUUUAAAAACAAACGAACAAAACAAAGCUUCUUUACCAAGAAGUCUGGACAUCUACAUGCUAUAUAGUGUGGGUUAUUUUCUAGUCCGAAUUCAAAUAACUUUAUUUUAUAGCAGUCCCAUACGUGAUGUGUUCGAGUAAAAGUGUGAUGUUCACCAUACAGCUUUGUGAUUGGGCUGUGCAGCACCAUUUUGCAGCUGUGAAUUUAAAUUAAACAGGAGCUUGUCCUUCUGAAUAAAUGUGAAACAGAUAAAGGACUUAGUUACACCACCUUUUGCAGUACACCUGUUUGUUAAAACAUAAGGACGGAGGUGAGGGAAGGGGACGCAUCUGAAAUCAGUGUCAUUUUGGGGAACAGAACUUUCUGUAAACUGAUGUGUCAGAUCAGCAGUGUUUCGCUGUCAGAAGUGUUAGUCCAUCCUACAGGAAACAAGAAAUUAAAAAGCAGGCAUAACCAUCUGAUAAGCAAGUUUUCUGAAUGCCUCUCAAAAUGUGUGUUUGAAAGCGUUUUCAGACUGUGGUUUGGCAGCGUCUUUCCAGACUGUUCUGGGGAGCCUACUUGACUGUGAAGCAUUUAAUACAAAUUAUAUCUAGUAAAUCUAGUAAAACCUGGUAGAGUAGGCUGAGUUAUGGAAGAAAAUGCAGUUACUGUGUUUGUGCCUGUACAAGACUGCUCUAGAACAGUCAUCUUUGCAGAAGCAUCAGACUUGCAAUCUAACAUGAAUAAUUUCUGCAGCGUGAGAGUUCCUGCAAAUGAGAUUAUUUGUAUUUUUACUUUGAAGAUCUGUAGGCAGCGGUCAUUUGGAUCGUGCUGAGCAGUGAGGGAAGCAGGGAGGCUGUUUGCUGAGCUCUGGAAGGUGAAGCAAGUUAAGUGGCCAGAACCAACGUGCCCUCCAUGGAACUUGUGUCAUCUCAGCAGAAUUAGGCUGGGAAGCAGUGCAGAUUUAGCCUGAUGGUAUCACAGGGAGCAAAGGAAAACCCUUUAAAUAUAGAGUGGCAAGUUAGCGAGGUUUUCCCAUAAUGAUUCUUCAGAUCUAUUCACUUGUCCAUUGGUUGCAGGUUGUAUGAAGGACAAAUUCUAGUGUAUGUUCAGAUUCCAAAUUACGCCCUUUUGUGUCAAAGGUGGAUUUUCAAAUUUCAAACUGUCACUUUAGACAAGGUGACCCAUUUGCAUAUGUUGCUAAAUAUUGCUUUGUCAUCUUGAUUUUACUUUCUCAUAUAAAUGAAUAGGACCAAUGGUUCCAGGUGAUUUGUGACUUGCUUAGCCUGCAUGUCUUUUCAGCUUUCUUGCAGGUGAGCUGGAAUUCUGAUAAGCUUCAUGGAAACUACUGUGAAAAGAUACUGCUGCUUAUAACACAGCAUUUAAAAACAUUGUGAAAAUUGUGGCUGUAUGGUGAAAAUUGUCUUGGCCUACACAGUGAAAAACAGAGAUCAGAAUAUAAUAGUGAAAUGUUCACAUAUGGUAAAUUGGUUUGUAUAAAAUGUUGCAGUCUGACACAGUCAUUGAUUUUUUUUUUUUGGACAUCUGCUGCUGGUGAGCAUCAUAGUGGUGUUAAGUUUAGAUGUUAGUACUGACUGACAGAGAGGAAACAAAGAUUUUUCUGAAAAACCUGUUCUUCCCCCCCCGCCCAAAUCUGACAAAUGUUUCAGGAAUCUUCCUUUUUCCAUAAGGACAUGGAGGCGUUGAGAAUGUUCUAUCUAAAUCCGGCAGUAUCUUUAGUUGAAGAUGAAUUGGUGAACUGUGUUGGCUGCUUUAUGAGUUUAGAGAACAGUUACUGAAACUAAUGGCCCGUGAGCUGUUAGGCAAAACCUCUGCAAUGUUUCUGCUGAGCUGCAGUGAAACUGAUGAAAACCAAGUCAUAGGCAGUGUUUAAUCCAUCACGUUAAAGUUGGAUUGACCGACAAGAAGUAACCCACAUUUUGAAAGAUAGCCUUAGGCCCAACAGAGCGAAUGAACAAAUGUGGGGAGUAGGGGGGACUCAAAUGACCUGUGUGUAAAUAGCCUUUGCUCAGACAAGUGCUCUUGUUCAGCUGGUGGGACUAAUCCUGGGAGGGAAGUUCCUGGUAAAUGGGACCUUUAAAAUGAUGCCUCUGCCUGUGCUUAUAUAUAUACAUAUGUAUGUGUAUAUAUGUAUGUGUGUGUAUAUAUGGGUAUAUAUAUAUAUAUAUAUACACACCAGUUGUGCAGGUUAUCAGUCUUCUGAAUUCUGAUUUUUAAUCUUCCCACUUAAAUCUUUCUUUAGGCUAUAUUUUUCUUGGAAUCUUAAAAUCCCAUCUGCAGUAGACUCUCAUUGCAAGGUAUAUUUCGUAAAGGACUAUUGGUUUUUUUUCAGACUGUUUUUUGAAGGGUACUGGGGUUUGGGGUUUGGUCCCGCUCCUCCCACCACCAAAAGGCUGUUCUGUACCUCCUUAUUCCCAGUUCAUUUAAGUCUACUGAGUUCUCUCUUAUCCCACCUGCUGACCUAAUUUUGCUGCUCUGUUGUCAGUUGUGAAAAUUUAGGAAGUACUGUACCAUUUAGGGUUUCUGAGAAUCUCAAUUCCACUACAGAAGGUGUAAUUCCAGUUCCAUAGUACAAUUCGUGGGUCUGAACAGGGUCAUUGUCAAGAGAGAUAUGUUGCUGGAUGACAAAGUCUGAAGUAUAGAUGAACUAAAGCGGCAUUCAGUAAUACAUGCACUUUAGCCCAUCCUUGUUCCUGACUGAGUCGUGGUAUUGUGUGCUCCACUAACUUUGUGCAGUUUGUGCUGCCAAGCCACUCUGUGAUCCUGGGAGGUCACCCCCAUGUUCAAACCAUGCCUGCACAUGUGCUUUUGAAGCUGCUCAAAGCCUUGUGUGGACAAUUCCCUCCGCUUGAAUUGCAGCCCCCCCAAAAUUGUUCCUUGCUAUUUCACAGAAAGCCUUGGUCCCCACACCGGACUGUUAGGCUGGAAAGCUGAGAAGAUUUACGCAGCUGGAUUUGUCCUGCUCUGUAAGGAAAGGGAUAACUUGUCUCCAAGCCAAAUAUUUUCAUUGCUUUGCAUUGCUUACAAAAGCAGCCAAAAACAUUGUAUAAGGGAAAAGCAAUGGACUUCAAGCUAAUAUUUUUCCAUUGAGAAAUUAUUUUUUUAUUUUUCCUAUCAAUGAGAGAGUGCUUUUUGAAUGUAGAUUGUUUUCAGAUGUAUGGCUCCUAGAAUUGUCUCCGUGCAGUCAGGCAUCUACAAACAUGCAUAGGUUUUGAAAACUGUCUCGUAUGUGAGCACUUUUUCUGGAAAUGCAAAAUGAGCACGUUUGCUAAUAAUUUCUUGUACCUUUACCUUGUACCAAACAGACUGAAAAGCAGUCUUGUGCUACAUUCUCCUUGAAUCAUGCACCUGAAACUUACAGAAAUCUGUGAUAAGAAAAAUAUUGUUGCUGUAAGGUUUUCUAUUAAUAUUUGUCAGCACAUACCUGCAUUGUAUCUCGUAUAAAUAUCUUCAGUCGGUUUCUUUUAACAGAAACUGUCAGGUUAAAAAAAUAAAAAAAAAUAAAAUAAAAAAUCAGGCAAAUUUCUUUGCAUUAUGGAACUUUCACUAGUAAAAUUGAAGUAAUUUUCAUUGUGAUCACAGUUUGGAUUGUUGUUGUUUACAUUCAACUAUUCCCCCUGCAAAACAAAACAAAAACCUGUUGAAUUUAGUUACCUGACAGUUCUUUCAGAGAAGGUGCCACAGGUAGGAACCACUUAAAUGUUAGUAAUUCCGUUUGCUCCUCUUCUGUUCUAGGCCACUUCCAUGACAGUUGAUAGGAAAAGGCUACUGUGACUUAUAUAUGAACUCUUGCUUAAACAGCUAAAGGAAAUUAAGAUUCCCCUUCAGAAUUAUGCUGAGGUUAUGAUUUUGCACGCGAGUUUUGAGUGACUACUUUGAAACAACAUCGGGCUUCAAGUGUCUUGCAAAGUGGUGAAUCCAAAUGAGAAAUGCCUACCUGUUGAGUAAUAGUCUGCUUGUCAGUUUGUGUAUGGCUCGGUACAAAGCUGUGUCAGAACUACAAUACCACCAAACUACCUUGUUUAAAUGCUAGUGUUGUACAAAAGUGAAUGUUUUUGUGUUUUUUUUAAGUGAGAAAUACUGUUUUCUAAUUUGUGAAGAAAAUGGUUUUCUUGGGAGUAAGGAUCCAAAAAAUUCACGUGUUUCAAAGAUUUUGGAAAGGCUUCUUGUGGGAAACAAA